AUGUCUUCUUCACCGGGACUCAAGGUGAAGGGCACCACACCAGACUACAAAGUAGUCAUCAAAGCACUCCACCACCUCGCCAACCAGCCAGAAAAAAUGGGUCGAGCAGGAUACGAAACUACCUACGUCUGCAACGACAAGGACUCUGCGGCGGCAGACGCAAUUGCCAUGCACGAGGUCAAGAGGGCCGAGGCAGCCAAGAUCGCGGCCAUCGAGGCUGCUGAGGCUGCAGAAGCCAAGUUCAUCCGGAGCAAGAAGUCUCGUGGAAUCGUGGCCGCACGCAAGGCCGCCAAGGACAAAGCCACCUCGCAGGCGGGUGUCUACGAGUCGGAGGGCGACUCAGACAAGACGACAAAGCCCUGA